CUUUCCUUGGCAGAAAAGGAGACAAAACGGGAACAUUAUUGCAGAAUUGAAGUAGGAAAUCCAAAGGUCUACCAAUUAGUUUGAUUGAGCUCUCGAUUUCUUUUCUCUGUGGUUUUCUCGUCCAAGGCCGUUCUCCGUCAGCUGGAUUUCCGGCUAUUCAAGGGCUAUCCAGGCAGCUCCCAACUUUCCAGAGAGAGUUAGACGGCGAAAAUGGAGGGUUCGAUGAUCCCCGGCGAGGAGGCGACCAAGGGUGUCGCGGCUGAUGAGGACCAGGACGUUGAGUCCGUCGAGAGUCUUGAGUCGCUGUUCCAGGUGGCGGAGGCGGCGGAUGUAGAAGAGAAAGGCGGAAGCCUGAAUGAAUUCAGGAGGGUAUUAAUAGGCAUGACAGAGAGAGAAGGGGGAGACAGAGAGGAGAUUGAUGGAAAAGGAGAGGGUACUGAAGGCCAUGGAAGUAGAACUGGAGCAGUUGAAGAGAGAGAUAUCGGGCAGAUGAUUUGCUGACGUCAAGGUCAGCUCUACUGGAACCGCUAGAUAAGGAGCUUCUACUUUUGUGCCUUGUUACUUUGAUCGUUCGCAUAGACACUGACUUGGUUUAGCCAAUGAACUUUGCUUGCAAGGUAAAAUUACUAAGGUUGUUUGUAGAACAAGUUAAGUUAUUUUAUCAGGAAAAGGUAGCAAUAGAAAGCAAUAGUAGCGAAUUGUACUUAGCACUCUCAAGGUAUAACAUCCUUCUCGAGCAACUCAUUUUGUAUACCUUGACAGCUAGAAAACAAAAUUCUGUUGGCGAUAUAUUAUGAAUUGUAUGUUCUUUCAGUUGCAGACAAGUGUGUUGCCAAUCGGCAUUUGAUUCUGCCCAAAGAUUACCAGAAUUAUAAUUGAAAUGUUAGAAUUAUGUACAAACCACUGCAACCUAUAGGUAGGAGCUAUAGCUUAAAUUUAAUCAUUUGACAGUUGACACUAGGAGAUAAAUGCGAGACAUCUAUCUAUUUAGUAAACCCCACUGGCACUGCAACAUCAUUCAGUGACAUUUCUUCUGGACUGACUUGGGAAAGAGGCAGCUUGCUGAGAAGGGAAAUGCCAAUUAAUCCCUGUAGAGGUAGAGUUCAGAUGCACUUACAAGUUCUCCUCAGCUCAUGGCACAAUCUGACUUCUCGGCUGGUUUGGUUCUCAGUUCCUGUUAGCAUCAUCAGUUGGCUGAUAGGGUUGGAUGUUUUCAAAAUAAUCUUAUGAUAAAACUGAUUGCACCAUUGCUUUCUGCUAAUUCUCCAAAAUCAGUGUUACUUCAGCAUAAUUUGGUGUAAAACUUGGGGAUUCUACCUUUUUCUCUCUUUUCUACGAGAAAGAUUUGCAGAUGAGAAAAGUUGCAAACAAGGACUGCAGUUUGAUGCACUUUAGCUCUGUAACUCCAACCCCUAGGUUUGUUUCUGAUACUUCCUCGCAUCUUUGUUGGAGUUUUAUGCUUCUUAUAAUCUUUACUACCUAAAGUGAUUAAUGGUAUUGUUUUCAAUGAUCUCAAAACAACAUUAAUGCUGUACUAUAUGAAAACCAAGCUAACGAUCAUGCAGAGAAGACAAUAGUGGCUUAAAACUAGUAAGUGUUCCAUCACUUGUCUAUGUCUUCUCCUGGUGUGUUUAGAUGGCAAGGGAUUGGAAAGCUCACUGUCAGAACACUGGGUACAGAUAUCUUGUAUCCUCUUUAUUGGAGGUAAUUAUCCUUUGAAUUAGCACAGGAAAGUAACAUAACCCAGUUGUAAUUAUUUUUAGUGGUUUUAGUCAGUUCAACUGAUUUCAGAACAUUUUCAAAGUCGGUGGCUCCUUUGUCCCCAUUAAUUCCAAUUUCAUCAUGGUAUUUACUUAUUAAUAGGCAGCUGUAAGAACCACUAGCCACUUGUUAACUGUGUGCUCUUUGGGCCUUUGUUUCAAAUUUGGCUUUGAUUGAGCAUUUAUUUGGAUAGUAAGAUCAAGUUUGAUGGCUAUUGCACUAGAUAAUUUCACAAGCUUGUCAUUGGUUCUGUUAAAUUUGUGGUUCUUAUGAAAGUAGAAGCAUUGCAGUCCUAUUUUACAUUCUUUGUGAAGGAAUCAUUGCAUCAAAUGUUUGCUGUCAUCCUUUUCCACACUGGGCCAAGGAUAUUUGCUUUCAAUUUUUCUGUAGACAGACACGAGUGAUGUUUUAUGGUUUGUAGUUUGCACAAUAUAUGAACAGUCUAUUC